AUGGCCUCAAACUUGAAUUCGAUGAACGACCAAAGCCGUAUCUCUGCGACCUCGACAACACCUGACACUUCAGUUAAUGCACCCGCAGAACUGUCUGCCGUCGUCGACGAACUCCUCAAUUCGCUAUCCAAUAAAUUCGCCGGUGUGUCGAGCGAGAUAUUCGCAAAGAGUAUUGUCCCCUUCCUCGUCCAUCCCAACAAGAUAUAUUAA